AUGGCCACGUUCAUCCCGCCGGAGCCGGCAAUGUGGAUGAAUGGUGGAAGUUACUCAAAACUUAUGCAAGUGGUGUCUUGGCGUCGUGGCCGCGGGCUGGAGCGCCAGCCGUGCGGGUGCGGAGAAUUCCGGCGCGGCGGCGCGCGCGGGCUCGCCGAGGUGGACAUCCGCGCGCUGCUGCCGGCGGCGUCCCCGUACCUGCACCUUCACGCCGGCCCGCCGGAGGGCGCGACGUGUUCGGUGUGCCUGGAGGAGGUGCGCGGCGGCGAGAUGGUGCGGAGCCUGCCCGGGUGCCGGCACGUGUUCCACGUCGGCUGCAUCGACCCGUGGCUGCACUCGCACGUGACGUGCCCCCUGUGCAGGUCCGACCUCUCGCCCCGGCGACGAAACACGAUGGCCGCAGUCGCAGGACACUAUCGCCGGGGCCCGGGGUGCAACUGGCGGGCAAGUGUUCGCUUGGGUGCGCUGGCGACGCACGCGCGCCGGCAGUACCAAGUAAUCCAGUAA